UCGUUGACCAAUGGCGCAGGGGAUUCGCGCGUUGUCGGAAGUGUUCGGCUCAGUUCGGCAACGUUGUGGAGGCGGAGCGAGACGCGUGUGUGUGGACGGAGUGGAUGAUGCUUUUCUUCACCGGUGACCAAUCAGCCUCCCAGCAUGGACUUCCUUCAGAUGAAGCACCUGAAGAGGAAGAGGAAGAGUAACUACAGCGUGAAGGAAACUCAGACUCUCAUCCGCGAGAUCCACAAGCGGCGUGAGAUCCUGUUCUCCCGGCAGCAGAACAUGGCCAUCAACGAGCUGAAGCGGCGCGCGUGGGAAGAGGUGGCGGACAGCGUGAACGCGCUAGGAGAAGGCGAGCUGAGGACGGCGGCCGAGGUCAAGCGGCGCUACCUGGACUGGCGAGCCCUCAUGAAACGAAAACAGCUCCAGGCCGAGCUGGCGUCCGGAUUGAAGCAGGAGUUUGAAUCUUCGUCUCCCGAUAACGAAGCGUCUUUGGGUGGUGGUGACCAGUCGCUGGACCUCAGUGGGUUUUCUAAAGACUCGUCGUGCGACUGGCAGGACCUGACGGACCUCGGGGAGCCCAGCACACACACGCCUGGGGUCAAAAUGGAGGACGAUGAGGCCAGCAGCUACAGAUUGGAAGGGGAGGUUGGAGAAGGUGGGGAGGGUGAGGACGACGAUGAAGACUGUUUUCCCUCCAUCCUCCCUGAUAUGGACCGUGAGGGGCGAGUUCCUGAGGUCUUCGCUCACAUCGAUGAAUUCGGCGUGCUGAGCUCCACGAAGCCCGCGACUGCAGGCCGGGACCUGGGCCUCGGAGUUGGCGGCAUAAGCGGGAUGGGCGUAUCUGGAUUGGGCCUGUCCGGAGGGGAGAACACAAGUAUACUGGUGGCGCUGGAGAGGCAGAGACUGGACCUGGAGAAACACCGCUUGCAGGUGGAGUCCGAACGACUGCAGGUGGAGAAAGAGCGCCUCCUGGUGGAGAAGGAGAGGUUGCGGCAGGGCGAGGUGGAGAGAGAGAGGUUGCAACUGGAGAAGGAACGUCUACAGGUGGAGAGAGAACGAUUGCGAUUGGUCUUGCAACAAAACACGCCUCUCCAGCAAAGCCCCGCCCCUUCGACAUCUGUAGCCACGCCCACAACGUCAUCCUCCGCCCCCUCGUCAUCCUCAUUGGACGGAGAGAAGGACAGGAAGCUGGCUUGGCCAAUGUUAGUGGAUUUGGAGGCGGAGAGGCUGAAGUUAGAGAAAGAGCGCCUCCUGCUGGAGAAAGAGAGACUGCAGUUCUUCAAGUUUGAGUCGGGCAGACUGCAGAUUGAGAAAGAGCGCCUGCAAGUGGAGAAAGAGAGGCUGCAGCUUCAUAAAGAUGGACAACAGAUGACGCUGCACUCGUGAAACACCAUAGAUACAGUUGGGUAGGGGGGAAAAAAUCAUUU